AAGCAAAGCAUAUUCUAUUUUGAAUAAAUAAUUAAGAAAAAUAAUUAAAAGGAAAUGCAUAUAAAUCUACUAAAGUCUCAAUACUAAACUACUACUGCUGCUUACUCUGAAAGCCAAAUCCAAAAUGAACUCUGCUUCUCCUUCAACUCUCCAACUCUCUGCUCACAACAUCGGAGAGCUCAUCGAUUCCGUCGAUGCUUUUCUCUUCGACUGCGAUGGUGUCAUCUGGAAGGGAGACUCCCUCAUCGAUGGCGUCCCACACACACUUGAGUGGCUUCGAUCGAAGGGAAAGAAGCUCGUGUUUGUUACCAACAACUCCACAAAAUCAAGGAGCCAAUACGCCAAAAAGUUCCAAUCCCUCGGCAUUCCAGUCAACCAGGAUGAGAUAUUCUCUUCCUCAUUUGCAGCCGCAAUGUUCUUGAAAGUCCGUCAAUUCCCCCAAGAUAAGAAGGUCUAUGUUAUAGGCGGAGAAGGGAUAUUAGAGGAGUUGCAACUAGCUGGAUUUACAGGUCUUGGUGGCCCAGAAGAUGGCGAAAAGACAGUAGAGUUUAAACCAGAUUCUCUCUUUGAACACGAUAAGAGUGUAGGAGCAGUUGUAGUUGGAUUAGACCCACGUAUCAACUAUUACAAGCUUCAAUAUGGAACUCUAUGCAUUCGCGAGAAUCCAGGAUGCUUGUUCAUUGCCACCAACCGAGACUCAGUGGGCCAUAUGACUAAUUUACAAGAGUGGCCAGGUUCCGGGUGCAUGGUUGCGGCCAUUUGUGGAUCAACUGAGAAGGAGCCUAUUGUAGUUGGAAAACCGUCCACUUUCAUGAUGGACUUUUUGUUAGAAAGAUAUAAUUUAAGCACCUCCAGAAUGUGUAUGGUUGGUGACAGAUUAGACACUGAUAUUUUGUUUGGACAGAAUGCUGGCUGUAAAACUCUCCUCGUUCUUUCAGGUGUGACAACUCUCCCAACCCUUGAAGAUCCUUCAAAUACUAUCCAACCCGAUUAUUAUACUGACAAGGUGUCCGACAUUUUUGAGUUGAUGCCUUAAUGGGAGGGACUCCGAUCUGGUGAUAAUUAUUCUAAUAUUCUUCUCACCAAUAUUAUCUAUGAAUAAUGUCUGAAAAUGUGAAGUGCAGCCUUUUAAAAGUUGCUGUGCUCAAGGAACUAAUAAUUGUUUUGGUAUUGAAUAUCGAUCCUGUUAAACUUUUUAACUUAAUAUUUUUCAUGGUCUCAUGGUGAUUGUCUUUUUUCUUUCUGGAGAUAAUAGUGAUAAUCUUUUGGCUUAUU